GACGGACUUAUAGACAAAGUUUCCAUACAUCCAGCCAGCCGAAAUCUGGCAUGGGUUUUGUUUAAUAAAUCGAAACUUUCGCGUCUUUACAAUAAACCACGUGUAAUAAACUGCUAUAUGGUGAAUUGAAUAGUGAAAUAAUUGUUGUAACAGUAGAAGGAUAUUUGAACAAUAAUAUCUAUUGUACCUGUAUUAGGUUAUAUUGUACCUCACGAUACUUCUAACAAAACCGAAGAAUGGCCAAUUUAUUGAAAGAAAUAUAUGAAAAAACUGCUGAGUAUACAGCCUUUUAUACUGGUGGAGAUGUCCAAUGGACAACAGACGGCACACAUCUACUGUGUCAAUGUGAGGAAGUGAUAAAAGUAGUAGAUGUGAACACAUUUUCUACAAGCCACAGUAUCGGACAGAUUGAAGAAGAUGCUGAAGCAGACCAGAUUUAUACUUUUCAAAUGUCUCACAGUAAUAAAAUAGUGAUAACUGCACACAAAAGCGGAUUAAUGAAAUUAUGGGACCAAGCCACUGGUGUACAACAAAAGGUUUGGAGAUCUGGUCAUAAGGGACCAGUUGCGAAAUUAGCAUUUGAUUACAAUGAUGAAAAUAUAGCUUCAGGAGGUUCUGAUGGUAAUGUCAGGUUAUGGGAUUUAGCGCACAAUACUUGCACAAGCAGUUUAAGAGGAGCAAUGGGUGUAUUUUCUGUUUUAAAUUAUCAUCCUGAAAUAAACAAACAGUUAAUUUUUGGAGCGGCCGAUGACACUAAAAUAAGGUCAUGGAAUUCCAAAACUGGCAAAGAACAUUUAAUCUAUUCUGGUCAUUUUAGUAAAAUCACAUCAUUACAGUUUACUAAUGAUGGUAAACAUAUGAUCAGCUCUGGUAGAGAUCGAGUUUUAAUACUAUGGGACAUAAAUGAAAGUAAAGCACUGCGAGUUGUUCCUGUGUAUGAAAGUCUGGAAUCUACAAUUCUGUUACCAGUUAUAUUUAAAAUACCUAAUUUUAAAAAGAAGUUAGAAACAGAAGGUAUUUAUAUCGCUUGUGCAGGUGAGAAAGGAGUAGUUAAAGUGUGGGAUGUACAGAAGAGCAGACUUAUGUAUGAACAGAAUAACAGUCUUGUGUCACCAGCAACCGAGGAAGGAGGCCUAGCUGUCACGCACCUAAUUUUUAAUGAAUUAAGAAAUGUUUUAUCUGUUGUGACUGCAGACCAUAACAUUAUCAUACAUGACCUUGAAACAUUUGAUUGCAAGAAACAGUUGAUUGGUUUCACAGAUGAAGUGCUAGAUAUUAUAUUUGUUGGAAAAGAAGAAAAACAUUUAGUUGUCGCUACAAACAGUCCAGAUUUAAAAUACUAUGAAAUUGAUAAUAUGAAUUGUCAAAUUAUUAAGGGUCAUACUGACAUUGUUUUAGCCCUAGCUUGCUUUCCUACCAAACCUGAAAUGUUUAUAUCUUCUAGCAAAGACAACUCUGUUAGAAUUUGGCUACAGACAACUAAUAAUGAUGUGUUAUGUAUAGGAGUUGGAGCCAGACAUACAGCAUCUGUUGGUUCUGUGUUCGCUUCACAAACAUCAAAUGAUUUCUUUGCUUCUGUCAGUCAAGAUAGCUGCUUAAAAGUCUGGAGUGUACCAAAAGACCUUACAGAAGUUGGCCAGAAGAUCAAGUCAACUUAUACUGAAAUAGCCCAUCAGAUGGAUAUAAACUGUGUCUCCGUAUCUCCUAAUGAUAAAAUGAUUGCUACUGGCUCUCAGGAUAAGACUGCCAAACUGUGGUCAGAGGAGCUGACAUUAUUGGGUAUUCUAAAAGGACACAGAAGAGGUGUUUGGUGUGUGAAAUUUUCACCUGUGGAUCAAGUUGUAGGAACAUCUUCAGCUGAUAGUACAAUAAAGUUAUGGUCUAUAGCUGAUUUGAGCUGCUUAAAAACCUUUGAAGGUCAUGAAAGUUCAGUUUUGAAAAUUGAAUUUGUUAGCAGAGGACAACAAAUACUUUCUAGUGGAGCAGAUGGACUUCUCAAGCUCUGGAAUAUAAAAACAUCUGAGAGUAAAAUGUCCCUUGAUAAUCAUGAGGGGAAAGUAUGGUCAUUGGCAGUCAGUAAAGAUGAAUCUGUCGUAAUUACAGGCGGUUCUGAUUCCAAAUUAGUUAAACUUAAAGAUGUCACAACUGAAAAGAGAGAACAGUUAGCAAAGGAAAGAGAAGAGAUGAUAUUGCAAGAACAAGAGUUAAUGAAUUUGUUGCAUGAUAAGCAAUUAAUCAAAGCUCUAAAAUUAGCAUUGCGCAUGCAAAGACCAAUGCAUGUGUUAAAAAUAGUUAAUGAGGUUCUGUCUGGAGGCAAUGAAAAACUUUAUGAAACACUCAAAGAGAUCAAUCACACGCAAAAAGAAACUCUAUUGAAAUUCGCAGCGGAAUGGAACACAAAUAACAAAAACUGUCACGCCGCUCAACUCGUGUUCAACAUAUUGGCGCCCGAAAUUAUUGCUGGGAAUUUAAAAGUUCCCGCUCUGUCUAGUUUUAUAGAAGGAGCACUACCAUACACAGAAAGACAUUUUGAAAGGCUUACAAAUCUGUUACAAGAUCUUAACUUCAUAACAUAUACUGUAAAUUGCAUGCAACCCCAUGCAAUUAAUAAUGUUUGAAUAAACGGAUACUGUUAA